GCACUCCCCUCCCCCUCCUCUCUCCUCUCCUGGUCCCUCCUAGUUAUUAGGUUCCAUCAGUGUGGGAGCUGCAGCCUUUCCAUAGCAGUUUGCCGGGAAGAGAGUUUAGGAGAUGAAUGGCCUCGUUGGAAGACGCCGUAUCAGAGACUCAACACCCAUUCAAAAUGGCGACUCAGUGCAUUAUCGAUUUUCCUCUAACGUGUUACAAUUCUAUCGCACAGCUGAGGUCUUAUCCUGGGCUCAAGAAAAUUCUUGUAGCGACUGCAUUCGGCACAUUAUCUGUUAUUUUCCUGGCCCAUCACUUGAGAAGAAGACGAAGAAAAAAGACGUUGGUUCCAUCGCGAGAGCCACACCAGCUCCUUCUAGACUGUACUAAAACUGUGGCCUUAGAGAGAGAUUCCAGUUGUUCCAGUAGUAGGCAGAAUCUGACGCUGUCUCUGAGCUCAGUGAAGGAGAAGGGUUCCCAGUUACAUAUGAAUGGUGGAUUGUACAGUAAAUAUUCAGGAUCUCCGCAGAGUUUGGCUUCAGUGAGAAGUGAGAACUCUUGUCACAGCUGUGCCUGCAUCAAUUCCAGCUCCUGGGAUAAGACUGAAGAAGAGGAGAUGAAGCUUGUAAACAUCCCGGUCACCACUCCAGAGAACCUCUAUCUGAUGGGAAUGGAGCUGUUUGAAGAGGCUCUGCGUCGGUGGGAACAAGCACUCACUUUCCGGAAUAGGCAGGCUGAGGAUGAGGCCAGCUGCAGUUCCAUCAGGCUGGGGGCAGGGGACGCUAUUGCUGAGGAAAAUGUAGAGGAUGUUAUAAGUGCUGAGUUCAUCCAUAAGCUGGAAGCCUUACUGCAACGUGCGUACCGCCUUCAGGAGGAGUUUCAGGCCUCGUUUGGGGCGUCCGAUCCAGCAUCAUUGGCUAAUGACAUUGAUGAUGACACUGAUAUCGCAUUCAUGGACAACGAAGGUGAUUUUGGCACAAGAGACACUCUGAGCAUCGCUUCACCAGACUCUUUCUCCUCAGCUUUGGAGCUGGCAGACCACAGAGAUCUUAGUGGAGGGAACGGCCUGCAGUCACUCUACCACCGUCCUCUCUAUGAAGAAGCAAUGUGCCUGUCCGAGGAAGGGGGGAUUCCCUGCAGGGCACUCAGGACAGAACUGCUGGAAUGUGGAGGGGACAGUGACUUUCUUGCUAAGCUCCACUGCAUCCGUCAGGCCUUCCAGGUGAUCUUUUCAAAAACUGACAACAGGAAGUUUUUGGUUGACGCUGGUAGAAGAAUUCUGUCUACGCUUUUUGUCCGAGCAAAAAAGAAUCCCAACAAGUUUGAAGACUCCUAUGAUGAGAUGAUGCAUUUCCUGGAGCAGCCAGAAACAUGGGUACUUACAGAGACGGAGCUGUUCUCUCGGGGGGUGAGAAACAUGAACUUCUACGACAUUUUCCUGGACUUUAUUGUGAUGGAUUCUUUAGAAGAUCUGGAAAAUCCACCCUUAUCAAUACAGAAUGUGGUGAAAAACCGUUGGCUAAACUCCUCCUUCAAAGAAACAGCUGUGACAUCUAGCUGCUGGUCUGUACUUAAGCAGAAGAAGCAACAGAUGAAGGUGUCUGAUGGAUUCUUUGCCCAUUUCUAUGCAGUCUGUGAACACAUAAGUCCAGUUUUGGCCUGGGGAUUCCUGGGACCCAAAAACUCAUUCAACGACCUUUGCUGCUUCUAUAAGGCGCAGGUUCUGCAUUUCUUGAAGGACAUAUUUGAUCUGGAGAAAGUCUGCUAUUCAAAUGUGGAAAUCCUGACGGAAGACAUUUUGCAGAGUCUCCAACACCGCAUAGAGCUGAUCGAGACUUAUUUGGAAAGAGACUCACAAAAACCUGUGUAUGUCCCAUCCCACAUAUACCAACCACCUAAACCCUUUCUAGCAUAAAUUAUAUAUAGCUAAAACCUGUCACUUACACAUGGUGAAGUCAGCCAUGUUUUUUUCCUCAGCACAGCCAACGAUUUCAUCAAAGUUUGAUUUUGCCGGUUGGGUGGGUUAGGUCUUCAUGAACACGGGUAUAACCAAAUGUAAUAUCAUUCUAGUCUCGGCUUACAAACGGGUUCCCACAGUACUAAAUGGCUGUCUUCAGUGUGUACAGGACAGGUGCUCUUUAAUCCUAGGCUUCCCUUUUAGAGCAACAAGCCAAACAAUAACUUUAUAGCUCAUUCAUUUCCCACUGCCAAAAUUGUGGCCUUCCAUAAUUUGUCACCAAAUCUCUAUAAUUUUUCAAAAAUGCAUCACACCUUGUUUGUGUUCUUUUCUAUGCUUGAUUUAAGAUUAGCUUUAUCUGAUUUUAUAUUUGUUUGUAAAUUUGUCUAGUCCAAAGUGAA